ACACCAAGUCACCAACGCAGAUUCUCAAGUAGCUUAUUAAGAGUGCAGCCAUGGCUAGUUUACGAAGCAUAUUGUGCUUGGUAACUGUGUUUUGCUGCUUGUUUGAAGGGAGCUUUUCUUUUAACCCUAAGCACUUGAACUUGUCACUCAGCGCCACCCAUUGGUCCUCCGCCGGAGCUACCUGGUACGGCAGCCCUGAUGGUUUUGGAAGUGACGGAGGGUCUUGUGGGUAUGGAGAUGUAGUUUCACAAGCUCCAUUCUCUUCCAUGGUUACUUCAGUAGGUCCUUCUCUUUACAAAUCCGGCAAGGAAUGUGGAGCUUGUUAUCAGAUAAAAUGCACCAAACAUAAAUCGUGUUCCGGCAAACCAGUGAGGGUGGUCAUCACAGAUUCUUGCCCGGGAUGUGUGUCUGAGACUGCACACUUCGACCUUAGUGGAACUUCAUUUGGUGCCAUGGCACUUCCUGGUCAAGGCGAGGAACUCCGCAAUGCAGGACUAUUGGAAAUCCGAUUCGCACGGGUGGCAUGUGAUUAUUCCGGAAAAACCAUUGCAUUUCAUGUAGACCAGGGAUCGAACUCGAACUACUUUGCUGCAGUGAUCGAGUACGAAGAGGGAGAUGGUGAUCUUGGUAGUGUGGAGUUGAUGGACGCUUCCUCAUCGGACAGUGUAGGUGACGAGGAGUGGCGUGCCAUGCAACAAUCUUGGGGUGCAGUGUGGAAGCUUGAUGCAGGGUCAGCACUACACCCUCCAUUGUCGAUAAAGUUGACCUCUCAGUACUCAGGCCAGACCUUGUUGGCUAAAAAUGUGAUUCCAAAGAAUUGGCAACCUGGUGCUACCUACAGAUCCGUGGUCAAUUACCUUUGAGUCUAUGACCAAGUCUGAAGCAGCAUGCGAGUUACUAGUAUAGUAUGAGCUAAGAAUGUGUGUAGUAACCAAAAAGCAGAAAAAUGGAAGGAUUUAAGCUGUGUGAUCCUCAAUUUCUGCAGAUCAUAUGAAGUAUAAUGUAAUCAUAGCUGUGUAGAAAUCAGCAGUUUAUGAUCCAGUACGUUUAUG